CUGAGUCAGGCGGUGCCGUUCGUGGGGUUCGGGCUGUGCGAUAACGCGGUGAUGAUCAUGGCGGGGGAGUCUAUCGAGACGGCGCUCGGGGUGGGGUUGGGGCUGAGCACGAUGGCGGCGGCGGGGUUCGGGAACACGGUGAGCGACGUCGUGGGGAUCGGGUUGUCGAGCAAGAUCGAAACCUUCGCCGAGCGGUUGGGGUUCCAGGCGCCGCAGAAUUUGACCCAGGCGCAGCGAAUGACGGCGGCGGUGCGAUGGGCCAAAGUCGCGGGCGCCACGGGGGGGGUCACCGUGGGAUGUCUGCUAGGGAUGUUUCCGCUUUUGCUC